AGGGGCGUAGUCACUUCUCCUACAAGCCUACAAUAACUGGAGUACUGCCACAUAUCCUACACAUAGAUGGUCAUAUUUCCUACACAAAAACAAGUAUCCGUCAUAUAUCCUACACAUAAAAUGACUACCCUCCAGGUCAAAUAUCCUUUAAAUACACCAGUUUUAGAGUAAUGCCAUAUUUCCUACAGAGAUACAGCAUACCUCCUACACUCAAAAACCUGUUCUGUCACAUAUCCUACAAGGAUACAGCAUAUCUGCUACACACAAUAAUAUGUUGUCACAUCUCCUACAUUGCUCCUACAGGCGCACCCCCUAGCUUGGCGCCUCUGCACUCGGAGCUUCUGGCUCAGUACACUCCUGCCGACCUUGACUAGUCAACAAGUAGAUAAGUUGUUAUACAUCCGUUCGGCGUAGUAUCGUUCACAUUCAGACAUCAUGGGUCGAGUUUAGUCUCGACCCAGCAGUAUUUUUUCUCCAUUCGACGGGACAGACGGCAUUAUUGUACUCGAUUGCGCCUGGACCAAGCAUGGCUAGUAUUGAGGGGAACAUCCGCUUCAAUGCAGUGGUUUACAAAGACAACUCUGGAUUCCGGUACCUCCGAAAUGUGGCAAGAAACAACAAACUAUACCUGCGUUGCAUUCAUCACCCCAACUGUGGAGGAAGAGCCGUAUUGUCGGAGACAACUGGUGUCAUCAGAGCAACGCAAGGUCACAACCAUGAAUCAUCCGACUAUGCUGCAACAGAUCUGAGGAACACUCUCAAGAUGAAGGCUGCUGAGGAUGUGGGCUCUACCAGCAACUCCGAGAUCUUCAGGCGGGUAACAAGACAUCACCAACAUGGAGCAGAUGUGUCUUUCUCAUCUGUAGAGCGAAGCAUGCUUCGAGCCAAGCGCCGAAUUCAACCGAGGCAACCACACACUGCAGAGGAGUGCGCCAACAUUCUAGAAAGCUUAGAGGCCCAGGCCUUUAACGUAAACUUCAGAUCUGUCGUCACAGAUCAGGGAAGUGGUCAUUUGGCAAUUAUUUUUUAUUCUCUAACCCUGGUACCACUGAUGACCACAAUUAAGGAAUGGAAUUUUGAUGGUACUUUUUACACUGUGCCUGCACUCUUCUACCAGCUCUUCACAUUACUUGGAUUUUACAAAGGUCAUUCAUUCCCACUCAUCUUCACCUUGAUGACAUCAAAGUCUAAAAAGUUGUAUGAUAUCACAAUGCAAAGAGUGAAGGAACUCAUCCCCAACCUGAAUCCUGAACAAGCAAUGGGUGAUUUUGAAAGCAGUUCUGGUAAAGCAAUUCGCUCUUGCUGGCCACAGGUUCAGAUUGGGGGCUGUCAGUUCCACUUUUCACAAAACCUGUACCGGAAAAUUCAGAAACUGGGGCUAACUGAACUUUACAAAGACAACAAACAGUUUAAUAAGUGGGUCAAAAAGAUCAUGACACUAAGUUAUGUGCCAGCCAACCAGAUGCAUGAAGCAGUUGACUCUCUGUUCCAAGAAAAUUUUGACUUGAAUGAUCAUUCCCAGCCAAAAAUUACUGCAUUCAAAACCUACAUCACAGAGUACUGGAUUCGAAAAGUCACUCCACAACGGUUAUCUGUCUUCGAAUUUUCUCGUGGAACUAACAAUGAUGCAGAGUCGUACCACAGCAGACUGAAAGCCAUUGUCCGCCAGCACAAGCCAAACAUUUACACUUUCCUCACACAUCUGAAUAAUCUGAUAACAGACACAACUAAGGACAUUGAACGUGUGGAUGCUGGCUUGGACAUCACUCGUCAGAAAAAGGAGAAGUUUGUCAGAAACAUUGAGCGCAGGCAGAACUUGAAAGAACAAUUACAGAAUGGCACAUACACAUUAACCCAAUACAUUAAUGCUGUCGCUUACACAUUUGAUAGCUCUGUUUCAGCAUUUCAACUUCCUGGAGACAGUGCUGAUGAAAGUGGGGAUGAGCAUCAAGGCCCUGACAACGCAGCUGGUACUCAAGAUGUUCCUCCCGAACUUCGGUGCAGCAUCUGCUUAAGGCGAAGGGAAAGGACAGUUGUUCUUUUGCCCUGCCGACAUGCCUCCUUCUGUGCAGAUUGCAUAACUAUCCUUGUAUCAGCAGCAGAUGCUAACAACCCGGCAACAUGUCCCACUUGUCGUACUGCCAUUCAAGACAGGCUUGAAGUUUACGUUUAAAAUGUGCCAUAGUAAUUUUUUUUAUAUAUAUACGUACGUUUUAGUGAGAAAUGAAAAAAAAUAUCAUUGUAAUGCCAUAUUUUAUAUAUGUAAGUUUUACUGAAAAAUAAAAAGUGCCAUUUUAA